AUGUCGUUGACAACACAGAAAAAUACCCUAGAUUUUAAAAUCGAUGGGACCUUGAUAAGACAAUCAGUUUAAAUCAUUUGUUAUGUCAAAAAAAUACACUCGUUUAGUUUUGAAGGCUUCCAUCUUCAAUAUAAUAUGUCGCAGACUGCCAGUUAAUAAAGAUGAACUUGACCACAGAGAAUAUAACGGAGCACACUUUUUUACACUCAAGGGUUUGAAAAAAAAUUCUCGCAUUGAAAAUCCAUUUAUAGAAACAUUCGUCCAUUGGAUAGAUGGAAUAAAAGAUGCAAUUGAUAAGAAUUUUCUUAAAUCAGUUUAUGUUCUAUUAAAAGACUCCGAGGACAAUGUAGUUGAAAGCUACAGUUUUAAUUUAAAGUACAACACUGAUUCAAAAUUUUCUAAUAAAAAAAAGGGUGGUAAGACUCCCGAAGAAGUUAAAUGUGCCACCACAGCAAUGCUGACAUUAAUAUCAGAAUUGGAAGAAAUACCCAAAUUGAGUCCUGAGAUUACAUUGCAUAUUGAAUUUAUGUAUACUGAUGAUUGUCCCAUGGAUUACGAACCACCAAAUUUUGCAUCUGCUGUUCAACCAUUGUGCCUAAAAAUUAAGCGUCCUGCUACAGCACUAGGAAAAGUGAAUACUGGUUUUCACAGCUUAGUGGCAAGAUCUUCCCAGCUCAAUAAGAUUAUUGCAGCUGAAGAAGACCUAAAUAAGACUGAUAAGAUUGAAGACGAUUUAAAUUCAAAUCAAAGUAAAGACAUUAUUGAAGAGAAUUUAAAUAAAAAUAAAGACGUAGAAAUGACUGACGUAAUAUCAAUUGAUGAUAGUAUAGCAUCCGAGGAUAGCAACAGAGUCCCAAAAGCAAUUGAACUCAAUAAAAUGGACAGUGAGGAUGACACCAAUCAUUAUUUAGAUGACACCUUGGACGAAGAAGAAUUGAUUGCACAAUUGGAGAAAACAGGUGCUAAAUAUAACACCAGUAAUGUAACGAUACCAGACCAGGACCAGACUACUCCAAAUAUUUUUACUGAAGAUUAUGACAUGGAAACUACGGAAGACAUAGACUGUAUGUGCAAAUUAAGAAUUCCCGAGAAAUUAAAUAUAGUUAAAUGUACACAAUGUGAAAGAUCUUACCAUGGACCGUGCGUUGGUUACGUGAGUGGAAAUCCUGGUAUUGGCUUUAAAUGUAUACUAUGCAAACCUGGUAGAAAAAUCGACAAAGAAGAUGCUUUGUUCCACAGGUUAAUGUUGACUUGUACAUUAACUCAAGAGCUUGGUGUAUUACCCAUCGAUAUUUUGAAUUUCAUGAACGAAAAGGAUAAGCAAAAUGUAAUCAAAGCAAUGAACAAUGUUGAUGUUUACCAACCAGAUCCUUCCGAUCCUGACGAUCUUCAAAAGGGGGAAAUCAAUAUGGAAAAGUUGACUGCAGUCAAUAAUGAAUUAAGGGCUACUUAUCUUUUAUGGUAG